AAGAGACGAACUGAAACUGCGGCGUCUGGCGAUUUAAACUAGAUUUAACACCGGUUGUAGGUUUAAAUAUCAGAAGUCGACCAUCGGAUAUUAAAAGACACAACCAACUAUCUAAAGACUAGUGCAGUUUGAGUGACUGAAUCCAGAGGUAAGAAGAUAGGAAUUGAGGAAAUUCUGAGACCGAGGUUUCAGCACAGGUCUGAACAGGAAAGGUGUGAGAUGCAUGUGACGGUGCGUGAGGUCUGUAUCUCCUCGGAGUCAGAGACUUCCUACUUCCUGCGAGUGGAGUGGAGGGGGCGGGACUUAGGCUCUGGCUUCCUGUUACUGCUCACUGAUGGACAGAAUGCAUGGAGAGGAGAGGUAUCAGAGGAUGCAGUGCGGGAGGAGGCAGAGGAGUUGGAGAUGCAGACAGAUCGUUACAUCCAGGACCUCCAGCAGGCCCUGACUGGGACUGGACCCUCUACUGACUACAGCUUCACCUUGACCCAUAACCCCGGCCCAAUGGCCAACACGACCCUGUCCUACGAGAAGGUGCAGAGGGACAUCUCGUUCUGCCUGGGUUCUGUGUUGCUGGGUAAGAUUCCAGAGCCAGUGGAGGAGGUUAGAGCGUUACUGACUCACGGUCUAGAACGUGGAACCGCACUGCAGAACCACAACCACUUACUAAAGGAGGAGAACCACAGACUCAAACAGGAGCUACAACACAUCAAUGCAGAGUUGCAGCGGUUUGUCAGUGGGAAGGAGACACUCGAGUCAGAGCUGUACUCACGCUUCACCCUGGUGCUGAAUGAGAAGAAGGCCAAGAUACGCAGUCUGCAGAAGAACCUCACACACCUGCAGGAGACCAGGGAAGAGGGAGAGAGCAGCAGUCCAGGGAAGGGAACGAAAAAGACGACAGGACAGACCAGAGAGGAGGAUGAAUAUGAAGCGAGCACUGAUGAUGAGCAGUUACAGCCUGCCUCUAUAGAACCCACCCAGGGGACUUCGCGUAGCCGCAGCCCAUUGGACGACAGUCUGAAUGACAUCCCAGACGUGGCACCCUCCCGUAAACGACGCUUCCGCCACCUGCAACCUCCUGACACCGUUGCUAAGAGACCGACCUCGGAGCCAGCGCAGAAACCGAGGAGGGACCCCCUGCCAUCAUCCAGAGCAGCAGCCAAUAAGGACCAGGCUCCCCAGCAUUCUAGUGAUGUCAUUCCUGAUGCUGAGGACCUGUUUGAGGACAUCUGAGUUCUAACCACUCACUCCUCAAUCAAAUUCUUUCCCUCCCUCACUCCUUUCAUCUCUCUCUCCCUCCAUCACUUUCGUCUGUCACUCUAUCAGCCAGUCCCAACUCUCUUAGAACCCCUUCCCCUGAUUAACCCCUUUGAUGUUUGGAGAUCUGAAAGAUCUGGAUAGGUGUAAACAGUGCGGUGAAGGAGCUUCCAUCCUAUUCCUUCCACCUUACAGAUCCAAAUGUAAAAGUGUAUUAUUAAUAUCAUGAAUUUGGCAUCCUAUUUAAGGUGAUGAUGGUAAAUCAUUUUAAAAUGAGAAAGAUCCAAUCAACUAUGGAUAGUAAUACCUAGUUUCACUCUGCAUACAUAAAUCUAACGUGAGUCGGAAUGUACUUUCACAUACACUGUCAAAUAAAUAAAUAAAUAAAUAUAUUCAGCGUACAAUUGUAAGGUAACCAUCCAGGCCCGGCUCGAGGAGGACAUGACCGAGGGAACAUUUUAUAUUCAUGGGGGGGGGGGCUCUUCGACCCUCCGAACAAGUUACCUUAGUCUGAAGCUAUUGAUGUGCACACCGGUGUCAAACUUGUCCGCAGUAUGUAUAGGUGCGUUGAUAAACCGCAAUGUGACGCUGAAUUGGAAAAGCUUUGCCAGGAGGGCACCGAGCACGCCAGCUCCAAGGAAACGAUGGAGACAACUCUGCGAGAGUAUGUCGUUGAAAGCACAAAUCAUUUAAAAAAAAAAUUUUUGCAAACAGACAGAAAAAUGUGUUUUGGAAAAAUGUUUUGGCAAGCUCGCAAUCCUAUUGCAGCUGGUUGCCUUACAAUUGUACAAUUUAAUCAACAUAUAAUUUUUAAAUUAUUUAUUUAAGUGUACAGCUAUUGUCAGAGGAGUUACUUUCAACGAUUCAAUGGUAGUCUACGCAGAUGAGUAUGAAAGUUGAUCGAUGUCUAACUGUGUUGACAUGAUGGCUCAGCAUAUACAAGCUUGUUUCCAAAGCUAAGUAGGAUACAUGGAGGUAGGCAACUAGAUGAUAGACUCGUUCUCACUGAAGUGCAUUACCCCUCAUAUACCUGUAGGAGUCGCUGUUCAGGCAGGAAUUGUUGGAGUGGCUUCACAUUUUAUUUCAAUAUACACUAUAUAUAUACAAAAUAAUGUGGACACCCCUUCAAACUAGUGGAUUUGGCUGUUUCAGCCACACCUGUUGAUGACAGGUGAAUAAAAUGAGCACACAGCCAUGUAAUCUCCAUAGACAAACAUUGUCAGUAGAAUUGCCUUACUGAAGAGCUCAAUCAUUGGGUGCCACCUUUCCAACAAGCCAGUUCGUCAAGUUUUGGCCCUGCUAGAGCUGCCCCGGUCAACUGUAGGUGCUGUUAUUGUGAAGUGGAAACGUCUAGGAGCAACAACGGCUCAGCUGAGAAGUGGUAGGCCACACAAGCUCGCAGAACAGGACUGGCGAGUGCUGAACCGUGUAGCGCGUAAAAAUCGUCUGGGUUUCCAUGGCCGAGCAGCAACACACAAGCCUAAGAUCACCAUGCGCAAUGCCAAGCGUAUGCUGGAAUGGUGUAAAGCUCGCUGCCAUUGGACUCUAGGAGCAGUGGAAACAGUCGUAGAGUCCAAUUGGCCUAAUCGCCCAACAUCAGUGCCCGACUUCACGAAUGCUCCUGUGGCUGAAUGGAAGCAAGUCCCCAACAGCAAUGUUCCAACAUAUAGCAGCAAAGGGGGACCAACUCCAUAUUAAUGCUCAUGAUUUUGGAAUGAGAUGUUCGACGAGCAGGUGUCCACAUACUUUUGGUAAUGUAGUGUACCUCUUUAUUUAGGUUGAUGGCAUGGUGUUGAAACGUUGACUUUGAUUCAAACAUUCCAUUUUACUCUCAACGUUGAAACAACAAAUAUAGGAUGAAAAAGAUUUUUACCGUUUCUAUGUGGAGUUUUCAACACAAUUUCAACAUUUACAAAGUUCUGGUGAUUAUGUUGAAAUUAGAUUGUAAGUCAGGUUAGUAUUUAAGUUGAAUCUUUAUCCUAAUUUCAAUGUUUGCAAUGCUUGUUGAAAUGUGAUGAAAACCGCAUUAGUUUACUUUUUGAAAAUCCAAAUGUGCUUUCAUUACAUUUACAUUUAAGUCAUUUAGCAGACGCUCUUAUCCAGAGCGACUUACAAAUUGGUGCGUUCACCUUAAGACAUCCAGUGGAACAGCCACUUUACAAUAGUGCAUCUAAAUCUUUUAAGGGGGGGGGGGGGUGAGAAGGAUUACUUUAUCCUAUCCUAGGUAUUCCUGAAAGAGGUGGGGUUUCAGGUGUCUCCGGAAGGUGGUGAUUGACUCCGCUGUCCUGGCGUCGUGAGGGAGUUUGUUCCACCAUUGGGGGGCCAGAGCAGCGAACAGUUUUGACUGGGCUGCGCGGGAACUGUACUUUCCACGUGGAUUCCACGUCUGCAAUAGGUUGACAAAUGACGUUGAAACAUUGGUUCAACCACUGUGUUCCCAGUUGGUUGCUUCAGUCUCUCUAUCCCUCUACACAGGGGUGGCCAACACCUGGUUCUACUAAUCAGCCUUGCUAGAACCUGACUGAGCAUGUCAAAUCAAAUCAAAUUUUAUUUGUCACAUACACAUGGUUAGCAGAUGUUAAUGCGAGUGUAGCGAAAUGCUUGGUCCUGGCUCGUGUCCUACCCCUUCCUCUACCUAACCUAAGGACAAUCAGGACCUUGACAUGUCGCAUCGGGUUCUAGCAAGGCUGGAACAAACGCCUGAAUACCUAGCUCAACACCUCUGCGCAGCCACCCUUCCUCUACCAGUAUUACUUCCCGCUCUUCUCUAGCCUCCAUCUCGCUGUUAAUCCUCCACCACUCCCUCCCGUGUCCUUCUCUAUCACUGUCACUACUUAGCCCAGCCCACUACUACACAGAGGAAGUCAAGGAGACCGUUAUAUAGAGAGAAGGGAAUUAGACAUAUAUAUUUUUUUGUAGUUGCACCAUUUAUAAUAAUUUAUAAUGCUGUAACAAAGGGAAUCUUUUUAUACUCGAUAUGGACAAAACAUUAACUGUGUAAAGAUCAGUCUUUGUGCUGUUUUUAGUAUGAUGAAGAGAAGUGUUGGUUCUUUAUGUGUAUGAAACACGAGUAAAGUGUAAUAAAAACGUAGGUUAACAACAUGAAGUAUAACAAA